AACUCUUUGUAAAUUCUAUCCAUUAUUUCUCUUUUUCAUCAGUCACAGAUAGCUUCAUCCUUUCUCUAUUUAUUUCUCUCACAAUUUUUUUCAAGUAAAUACAGAUAAUAAUAAUAAUAAACCAGAUCCUUUGGCAAAUAAUUGUCUUUGUUUCAAUCGACUUUAUAAACAGUAGUAUAAAAGAUCGAUUAUUUCGAUGAUGCUUUACAAGAAGAGCUUGGGGAAUAUGGUAUAAAGGGUAUUUGUUUACCUAGAUGGAUGAGUAUGGUGGUAAAAGAGGUGUUGGUGGGCUUGGAAAGGGAUCAGGUCUGGUUUUGAACGAUCAUGUUAAUAACAGAGAACGAAAUGCUCGGUUUUGCAAUCGAAUUGGAUGUGGUGCCAGGCUAAACUCCAUGAAUGAUACUCCAAAUGGCUGCUCAAGAAAUGGAAAGGGAAUAAUUGGAAGUUCCUCUAGAGUAAACCCUACUGUUAGUAACAAUAGAAAAUCCUCUAUAAAUCCUCAGAAGAAGCUAUCAUCUCAGCUGGAAACUAGUAGUGUUCGGGAUGAAUUGCAAGUGUCGGAGCUCGUUCCACAGUCUGAAUCUGGAAAUGUGGAUUCCUGGGAAGUGCGAAGUUCUGGUGUGGCAUCGAGCACAAGAUCGAGGAGAAACAUGAUUCAGAGAUCUCCAAGUGCUUCUGUGGGCUUGGCAACUCGUGUUAACGCAAGCAGGUAUGGUUUGAGAAAUUUAAGAUGUAGGUCCAUAUCCGAUGUUGUCCCAUCUGGUUGUUCAUCAUCAGAUUCAAGCAUUAGAAGCAGGGAAGACACAGUUAAAACGAGAAACUCUGAUGGAGAGGGAAGUUCCUCCGGUUCCAGUAGGGGAAAGAAGUUGAGUGGGUCAUCUUUGGAGGGACAGAACAACGUUCCUAGUCACGGUGUUUUUAUUUCUGCUGAUUCAAGGCAAGCCAGAAACUGGAGGGAUAGUGGUGUUGCUGCUUCAGUUCGGACCAGGAGGUCAAACAGUAGUUAUGGUAGAGGGAGAUUCUCUAACCAAGCAAAUGGAAAUAGGUUAAGUUCAAACGAGUACCACGUGAUCAUGCCCCAAGUGCCUCGAUCUGAUAUACCUAUCAAUUUGAAUGAUCCUGUUUCCACAGAAAUUGCCUCAACUCGUGCUAGUUCUUACACUCAACCAGACAAUAUAAGCGAGAGUUUACUCGAUACCAUGCCAUCUAGUCCUUCAGAAGUCGGUGUUAACCGUGAUAGCUUCUGGCACUACAAUAUUGAUGGCAUUGGGGAGGUGUUAUUAGCAUUAGAGAGGAUCGAACAAGAUGAAGAUUUGACACAUGAGCAAUUACUUGCUCUAGAGACCACCUUGUUUCUUGAUGGCCUAAACUUUUACGACCAGCAUAGUGACAUGAGGCUGGAUAUAGACAAUAUGUCAUAUGAGGAAUUACUAGAUCUAGAAGAAAGGAUGGGUAAUGUGAGCACUGUGCUAUCAGAAGAAGCAUUGUCAAAAUGCCUUAUGAAAAGCAUCUAUGAAGGUGCUAGUGUCGACUGUGACGGUGAAAAGGAUGAUACCAAAUGUAGUAUAUGUCAGGAAGAAUAUGUAAAUGGAGAUGAAGUAGGGAUGUUGCAGUGUGAGCAUAGGUAUCACGUGACAUGCAUACAGAAUUGGCUGCAGGUGAAGAAUUGGUGCCCUAUUUGCAAAUUUUCGCCCCAUAAUUGAGUUGAAGUUGAAUAGAAAUCAAAGGGACAAAGUACAAACUGACAAAUGUUACUUACCGAGCGUGACCGGUUUGUCUCUUGGCAACUGCCCUUUUCCCAUUCCAGAUGUUUAGGCAUCAGAAUGCAGAAAAUUGCAAGCAUUCUGCAACGCGACCAACCUAGCAUGAUGGUUCUGCAAGUGCAACUUCAUACAGGAAUUCUAAACAAGGGACAACUUCAUAUAUAUCCAAUCAACAAUCAACAACAGUAGUUUUAUAUCUAUCAAUCAACAAUAGUUGUUUGCAAAUUCACGUAUAGGACAGUAAUCUUUCCUUUUAGUGCCCAAGACAAGAAAUUGCCUUUUUUUUUCUUUGCUUUCGAUGUUUAGAGAUUAACUUAAAUGGUGAAUGAUAUUGAUAGGCUAGUAUUAGCUACAAUAAGAGAGUAGCAAAUUGGUUUGGCUUUGCUGAA